AGAUGGGGGGCGGAGAGUUUGAUCGUUACAGCACAAACCAUUUUAACUCUCAGCCUCUCUGUUCUUUGGGUUUGUUCGCCUUCUUUUUAAUGGCAGAUCUCAGGAUUUCUGUGUGGUUAUAUCAACGGGGACCAAUUAUGAAUUGAACACAGAUCAGCACGCUACCCACUUGGAACAAACACCCCAAAUGAGCACUAAUCGUGCAAUUGGAAUGGAGAGGAUGAACACUCAGGAAUCAUGUCAGCUCACAGAAAACAUAACUACCACGCCCCAUGAUCCAGGAGAAAGUAACUUGAAACAGGGCAGUCAAGCCAGUAACUGCUUCCCACUUUGCAGAAAUAAUGGAGGUAAAAGAAGUCUAGACUACUACUCCAUGCAAGAGCAUGGAAAUAGUUGUACCAGCUUGAACAACAGUGGACAAGUCCAGGCGCAAGAGAAAGUGACUCUGGUUGUAGAUGGCACUAGAUUUGUGGUAAAUCCUCAGAUAUUCACAGCUCAUCCUGAUACUAUGUUGGGAAGAAUGUUUGGACCGGGACGAGAAUAUAACUUCACUCGGCCAAAUGAGAAGGGUGAAUAUGAAAUUGCAGAAGGAAUCGGCUCCACUGUAUUCCGGACAGUGCUGGAUUAUUACAAGACUGGAGUAAUUCACUGUCCUGACGGGAUUUCUAUUCCUGAUCUCAGAGAUACCUGUGAUUAUCUUUGCAUCAAUUUUGACUUCAACACAAUCAAGUGUCAAGAUUUGAGUGCUUUAUUGCAUGAGAUGUCUAACGACGGUGCUCACAAGCAGUUCGAUAGUUACCUGGAAGAGCUGAUUGUGCCUAUAAUGGUGGGCAGCGCCAAGAAAGGAGAACGCGAGUGUCACAUUGUGGUUUUAACUGAUGACGAUGUAGUGGACUGGGAUGAAGACUACCCACCUCCCAUGGGAGAAGAAUACUCACAAAUCCUGUAUAGUUCAAAGCUCUACCGAUUCUUCAAGUACAUAGAAAAUCGGGAUGUUGCAAAAACAGUCUUGAAAGAACGAGGCCUGAAAAAUAUCCGAAUUGGCAUUGAAGGUUACCCAACAUGCAAAGAGAAAGUGAAGAGGAGGCCUGGAGGUCGCUCAGAAGUGAUAUAUAAUUAUGUACAACGUCCGUUUAUUCAGAUGUCUUGGGAAAAGGAAGAAGGGAAGAGUCGCCACGUCGACUUCCAGUGUGUUAGAAGCAAAUCUCUAACAAACCUUACGGUGGAUGAAGAUGUAGCAGAAGACCAGGAGGUUAUGCCUUAUCCUCCCCAGGUGGAUGAACUUGACAGAUUAAAGGCACCACUUUCUCAAAUGGAUCCUAGUGAUCUACCAGAUUGAAAUGGAAGAACAGGACAGUUUUCAAAAAUGGGUUUGGUGGUCUGCCCAGUCUGAGCUACACUGCCGAGUGGAGCCUGCCAUCAGUCUUCCUACAACUGGAUCUCUUACAAGUUCUUUUGUUCUCUCAGUUGCCGUGCUUGUUAAAUGUAGCCUCUCCUCAAACUGAAGGCACUGGCAUUCUUAAAUCCAAAGAUGAAGGCUCCGAAGUUUGCAUUUAACCUUGUCAAGGGACGGAAGUAAAUAUCCCCAUUCAUAACACUGGAAGACACAAAGUGUGUAUGCAUCUGCACUUCUCUGUUAAUAUUCAGUGUAUGGUGGUUACUUCAGGGGCAUCAUUCAGUUCAAGGCCAAGUGUAACAAAAGGGACUCUUUAACAGUACAAUUUUAAGUUGUUUAUAGAAAAACAACUCACGGUUUCCAUCCAGGCAAUAUAAAGAACAUGGGCAUGCGAAGUGUUCUUCAGGUUCCUUUUCAGUAGCUCUUGUGCCAACUCCAAGCACUGAUUUUUAAUCUCUGAGGAAAAUUAAACAAAGGUGAACUCUGGGAUAUGUACAGACCGGUGUGCACACACCACCUCUGAGACACAGCCCAUGCAGAAGAGGAUUUAAGUACCAGGGUGGGAACUUCUUCUGCACAAGAAUCUUAACUCUACAGUGCUGUAUCCUAAACAACUGGUACCUUUCAAGAAGCGAAAUGCUCCAUGUCUAUGUCUUCAACUCAGGGUAAAAUUAGGCUUGUUACCCUAUUGCUUAAAAUAACUGAAAUCUGAGUAUAUGUUAAACAUGAAUUCCAAAAAAUUGGAAGUUCUUGAUGUGUUAUCAUGCAAACUCUGAAGUGUUAGUUUGUCUUUGCAUAGUGUACUAGUAAUUUCCCCUCUCUUAUGAAGCCUAUAGGGGUUUCUGAAUUCUUCUGGUUUUGGGGUAACCUGACUUGGUGCAUGCUUUUAGUCAAGAAUUGAUCACUUAAUACUAGGGAUAAGAUGUGGAGGUCUUUGCAGCUAUUAGCAUUCAAAUAUACAGAGGGAUUUCUUAUAUAGCCCCCCCAAUAAAUAAUCCAUAAAGAUCAGUGUACUAAAUGAGUUAUAUAAUUCCCCCAAACAUUGGAGAUAAUUCUCCAAAGUUGCAAAAACAUAACUUUUAAUAAGUUAAAAAAUACCAAAGUAUAUUGUCUCAAACAGCUGUGUUGGACGUCUAAUAGCUCAUGUUGGCUUUACUGCUAAAAUAGUUUGCUGAUUGCUAAUGUAUACCAUUCUGCUGUAAGCUAACACUGGCCUUCUGUUUUGUAAAAGCAUUUAAUAGAUGAGGAAGAAGGGCCAAGUAUGAUGAUGUUCAGAUCAAAUUUGUUUUAACAGUGAAAUAUCUGCCAGUUCCACAUUUCCAGUAAUCCUUUCACAAAGUGCCUGCAGGAAGUUUUCAGAAGCAUGUGAAAGGAAUGUAUCGCUUCCACUAUGAGCAAGGUGAUAUGGUACAGACUCCACAAUUCCUUUUUGGGGAAAAAAAUCCUGUUGAACAUUCACAGAAGGUGACUUAAGUACUUACAAGCAACCAUUAUUAUUGAAAGAAACAUGUAUGAAAAAUGACUCCAUGUGGGUUCUGCCAUCACCAUAUUCAACAAUGAAAAUUAUUGAUCAAGAGAUUAGCUGGAAGCCACGUGUGUCACAUACAGCUGAAUUCUGUGAAUCCGUUCAGCAGUAGAUUCCUUCUUGUGCUGAAGGAGGGCUGUACUGUUUGGUAAGCAGAUUCUUGGGAUUCAAUCUGUAGCACCUGUCCUCAAAUCACCUGAGACUUAAAUCCUGACCCCAAAAAGUAUGCGGGUCUUUGAGGGUGGCAAGGAUUUGACAGAUCUUCAACUGAUUACAGAACUACCAUUUCAGAGUAUGUCAUCAAAAUUAUUAGUUUUGUUUAUGGGCAUAUAUUUCACAAGGCUGUUAUGUAAGCCAAAGUUACCCUGAUGUUUUCAGCAGUCACCACAUAAAGCACAGAAGGGCCAACUGGCAUUUUCAAGGUACAUGACAGCAAGUUGGUGGUAAUUAUAAUUAUCACAUGGCAUUGUGUAUAGAAUAACCAAGAGAUCCUAAGAUUGUCUGGCAGGCAGAAGUUCUAGCUCUU